AUGAGUGGCCUAGAAAUACCUGGCCUUGUGUUCGGCGUUUUACCUGUUUUUGUUCAAGUCCUCCAAAGCUACCGCAAUAUCCACGACACGCUACACACUUUCCGGCACUAUUCCCGGGAAGUGAAAAGAAUCAAGAACCGGUUCAGGGUACAACAACAGAAUUUUCAAAAUGAAUAUAGCCUGUUGCAAUAUGUGAUUGCUGGAGAAGAUGGAGAGGAUGAUCUCCAAGCGACGUGGACUAGCGACCAUACGGCCCGGAGAAAAGCUCUUCUAGAAGAACAUUUGAAUAAACGUAUCGAUGACAGCUAUGAAACAUUUACAGACAUUGUCAAUGACACAAAAAAGGAACUUGAUGAGAUGGAGGAAAGCCUGAAGGCCUUCAGUGUCUUGAAAAUAGUCUUCAACAAAAAACGCUACGAGACGCAUCUGACAAAGCUGCGCGAGAGUAAUAUGGACCUACAUACCUUCCGAAUGCAACUUGAUGAGCUUUUGAAGAAAAGAUCAAACACCUUCAGUCAGCCGCAAGUUCGCAAAUUUUUGCCUCGUCAUUAUUCCUCGGUUCAAAAGGUAUCCCAAACACUACACGAAGCUCUGUCUAGUGCUUGGGACUGUUCAUACUCAGGUCACGAAACCCAUUACGGGAAGCUCUGUGUCGAAGCUCAGGUGCAGGAUAUGGUCAGACUUGAUAUGGCACUGUCUUACAAAAUGGGCCAGGAUGACAACCGCUCAAAUCUACUUAGGAAAGAUGAUGAUCAUAUUUGGAUUUACGUCCAGUCGGCCAAAAUUGAACCCAAGUUUACUGAUUUGAUGCGACAAAAUUCGGUGGACGACGCACUUCCUUCUUCCGAUACCCCCUCAGUGACUCUUUGUCCAAGUCAAUCAAAUGCAAAUAUUUCUUUUGCCCUUCAGCCUGUCGCCCAGCCCCAAUCAUCCAAGAGACGAAAGUUGCAAUUUGCCGGUGAUUGCACAUUAUCGCAAUCCUCUCCUUAUGUCUCCGCUGAAGCUUUCAACUUGCGACAUUCCACUAAGAUUCGAAAUCUCUGUCAACAUAUAGAAAAGACAGCUCAUUCUUCGAAAGCCUGCGGAUCUGGAGAAUGCAUUGGCUAUCUUGAAACACCUCGACUCUUCAAGCACAUUUUUUAUUCUAGUGAACAACGAACAUUCGGAAAUUCCACGGGUACAGAAAGACGCCUUACUCAAAAGGUAGUUAAUCUCGAGUACCUACUUCGAGUCACCAACCGAGAACCCGCUUUGGUAGACACAGGCUCCAAGUUCAAGAUCGCCCACAAGAUGGCAACUGCCGUUCUCCAGUAUCACUCUACUCCAUGGUUACGGGAAGACUGGCGACUCAAAGAUCUUGCCUAUUUUGGCAACCUACAAGAGCUAUCUGACGAAUCAUUACGCACUCUCCAUCUCACAUUCCGCUUCAACCAAAGCGACCAAGAUCCAGAAUCAACAUGCACACGAUGGGGAUCUAUUAUGUCAUCAGAUUCCACAUAUUCCAGUUUGGAAAGUAUUUACUACCGAUAUGGGAUCAACAAUGCAGUCCUAUUCAGCCUUGGGGUUGCUCUUCUCGAGCUGGCUUAUCAUCAACCUUUGGAACUAAUGUGUGGUACGCAAGAUUAUAUUGCAGUAGCCCGCAAAAAAGCAAGGUCGGGUUAUCCCUUGGGUCGGAAGUACCAGAAAAUUGUUCAGCAAUGUCUACAGUGUGACUUUGGUAUGGGGUCUGACUUGACAAAAACGGAGCUGCAAACUGCUAUUUAUGGGAAUGUGAUAUGUUCUCUGGAGGAAAUGAUGAGCUCUCUUUCAUUGGACUGA